UGAAAUCAUGGCGACACGUUCCUCCCUCGCCGGAAAUCGACGACGCGUUUCUCCCUCGUCGAAAAUCGACAUACAUGAACCAGUUCGAAACCAGUAUAAUUUCGAAGGAAGAUAUGAUAUGGUUAAGUUCAUGAAGUUGGUAGCAGAAGCUGGUCCUUAUGUUCAUCUACGCAUCGGUCCAUAUGUCUGUGCUGAAUGGAACUACGGAGGAUUUCCUCUUUGGUUGCAUUUUGGACCGGGAAUUGAGCUUCGAACUGAUAACGAGCCAUACAAGGCUGAAAUGCAGCGAUUUACAACCAAAAUUGUUGGUCUGCUGAAGCAGGAGAAACNUCUUUUCUAG